AUGGUGGUGGUCGGAGAGGCAACGACGACUGCACAAAUGGAGCUGGAGUGGCAUCCAGAAACAGAAGUUGUAUUGGUUUUCGCUUAUGAUUGCUGGAGAUUGGUUGAAUUCUGUGGGUGUUUGAUUUUGGCAAUUUCAGUUGUGGGAGCAUGUGAUUACGUGGCAAAAUCUGUUGCUGACCCGGCAAACGGAAUGCCACGAAGUAACGCUACCUAUGUGCAUCUCUGCAUGUACGGGCGUGCGCUCUUCCGAGAACAUAAACACACAUCUCUGUUUGUCGAUGUCUCCCUCUCAAUCAAGCCUGUUGUUGUUAUUACUGAACGGACAUCGAAGAAGCCUUUGGACGUUAAGGUGACCAGGGACUUCAUAUCAAGGGAAAGGUUUCUACAUUCACAACCACCGAUCCUGACUGAACUGUCAAGUGAUUUACUUGAAAACCUGCCAAGGAAGAAUACCAAUUUUAGUGGCCCGAAGAAUGUAUGGACUUUGAGUGGCUCAGAAGAUGGAAUUACGCAUAAUCAAAUCAGAAACACCCCCAAUUAUAACAGACCUAAGAACUCCUUGGCUUCUUCUUCUGAAAGUGUUGAGUCAGGAAACAAGAUAAGUACAUUAAAGACUCCACCAAUCGUCUGUGAAUACUGGCUAUCUGGAAAUUGUGUGAAAGGUGAUAACUGCCGGUUUAUGCAUUCAUGGUUUUGCGGGAAUGGGAUCUCAAUGCUGGCAAAGCUUGAUGGGCACCAGAAGGCUGUCAGUGGGAUUGCCCUUCCUUUAGGGUCAGACAAGCUUUAUUCAGGCAGUAAAGAUGGAACAGUACAACUUUGGGACUGUCAUACUGGUCAAUGUGCCAAUGUAAUCAAUCUUGGUGAUGAAGUUGGUUGCUUGAUUUGUGAGGGGCCAUGGGUCUUUAUAGGCAUGCCCAAUGUUGUUAAGGCAUGGAAUAUUGAGUCAUCAUCAGAAUUUAUCCUUAAUGAACCAGUCGGCCAAGUUUAUUGCAUGGUUGUUGCUAACGACAUGCUCUUUGCUGGAGCACAGGAUGGUGGUAUUUUUGUAUGGAAAGGCAGUCCUGGAGCUGAGAAUCCUUUUCAUCAUGUUGGAUCUCUAAGAGGCCACUCUCACACUGUGACAUGUUUAACUGUUGGACGCAAUAUGCUUUACUCUGGUUCCAUGGACAAUACAAUAAGGGUUUGGGAUCUUGAUACUCUACAGUCUGUUAUGACACUAGAUGGUCAUACUAAUGCACCAUUGUCUCUUCUAUGCUGGGAUCAAUUUUUGUUAUCCUGUUCAUUGGACAAGACUAUAAAAGUUUGGGGUGUUGCAGGAGGCAACUUGGAAGUAACCCAUACACAUAACGAAGAACAUGGUCUGCUUGCGCUUUUUGGGUUGAAUGAUUUUGGACAACCAGUAUUAUUGUGCGCUUGUAACGAUAAUUCUGUUCACCUAUAUGAUUUACCAUCGUUUAUAUAUUUUCAAAAUGUGAAGUUAGAGACAUUCAGGUUGGUCCUGAUGGCCUCAUUUUCACUGGUGAUGGAACCGGGAUGUUAAGUGUAUGGAAGUUGCUGGCAAAGUCAAGUGGAUGAGCCUUCUCAUUAAAAUUUGUACAAGACACAAGUUGCUGUAUGAAUUGCAGAGUUUGACUGUAUAUGAAGAGGCAUAGAAAGAACUUAACACUGGGUUUUUUAUCCUUGGUGAUUUUUUCUAAUUUUUUUCAUGGGUUCUGCUUUUCAAUCUGUUCAAAUGUUUGUAGAAGAACUGUAUAAUUUAAUACUGGAACAAAAUUAUGUUGUUAGCCCUCUCAUUCAUUCCAUGGAAUAGCUUUUGCUUUGUUGACAAUACUGUUCACUUCUAUUCCAUUUACCUAUGGAUGAUGAUGUCUUCCCUGGACUUGUCAUCAAGAUUACUCCUUCCCAACGUAACAAAUUUUAAAAGUAGUUUUCUUGUCGAGAUCUUAAUAUUACGAUAUUAAGCUCUUAUAGGAAGCAGUUCCAUGUGAUUGUGUACACAAAAUAUAAUACAAAAGCUUUGUCAGCAGCAUUUACCUC